AUGGCCGACCAGCAGCAACAGCUCGACAACCGUUACCUUCCUACCGUCGCCAUUUUGACGCCUGGCGAGAUGGGUACAGGUAUCGGUAUAAUGCUCCGACACUACGGCUAUACCGUCGCUACCCAAUUACACGGUCGAAGUGAGUACACGGUCACACGGGCUCGCGAUGCUCAAUUCCACUGCUACCCAUCCGACGAGGACAUCAUCGCCGAGUGUACUUACGUCUUCUCCAUCGUCCCACCCGCCGAAGCUAUUAGCACCGCUCGCAGAAUCGCAGAGGCAGCUGUCAGCUUUGCUUCGACGGCCAUUGCUCCGGAACACCCACCUGCCCCUCUUUACUUCCUUGAUUUGAACGCCACAUCUCCAGCAACGGCACGUGCUAUUGCUGCUCUGUUCAACGGUAUCAAUAUUCAACUUGCUAAUAAUCCUGCCGGGCGGAAAAUCGUCUUUGUUGACGGAGCGAUCAUUGGAGGACCGCCAAAGUUGGAUCCACACAAUGGAGAGUGGUUCAAGCCCAAUAUUAUGCUCAGCGGACCGUUGAAGCUUUCUUUGACGGCGUUCAACGAGCACGAUGAUGCUACUACGCUUGUGGAGACAGAAGAGGAUGAUGGGGAGGUUUUGGAGAGGGUUUUGGGGGUUAAGUGGGUUGGAAAUGAGAUUGGGCAGGCGAGUGGAGUUAAAAUGUGCUUUGCAAGUCUUACGAAGGGAUUGACGGCUCUUGCUAUCGAGUCGUUUACGACAGCUGCAUCAUUGGGAUUACUCAAGCCGCUGCAGGACCAACUCGCCGAGAAGACACCCCUGAUUUCCAGCUUUGUCAAUAAUGCCAUCGUUCAAAUGCCACCCAAGGCUUACCGUUGGGUCGGCGAGAUGGAGGAAAUCGCAGAUACCUUCCACGAAGAAGGCGGGUUUGACAAGACUAUCUAUCAAGGUACAGCAGAGGUGUUCAGGACUAUCAAUGAGGAUACGGAACUUGGGAGGGAGAGGACGGGACUGCGAACGCGAGGUAAGACGGUUGAGGAUGUUACAACGCUGCUUGCAGAGGGGAUGAAGCAUCGUAGGGAAAGGCUUUCGAGGGCUGCGACGGCGGUUGAUCCCUCGGCCUCCAAGACGAACCCUAAGCUGGCGGAGGCGCUGAGCGGGCUGAAUAUCGCGGAAGAGAAAUAG